AUGCGAUGAUAUGUCGCGCGAAGUGAUCACCGAUUGUAACGGCGGUCAGGAUUUGGACAAACGAUUGGUCGACGUGUUGUCCAUCGCUGAGCCCGAAGACCAUCACCGCUCGGAACCGAUGAUCACCGCCGCCACAGACAAUGACCACAGAGUAGACAAUGACGAGGACAGGGAGGAGGGGGUGGAGGCGGGAGAGGGCGACAACAUUGGCGACACUGUCUUCAGCAAACACUGGCUCUUCCAGUGUCUCAUCAAUACUGUCAACAUAAUCAACGGCGAGAAGAGUGCGGACACUAAUGGCGGCGCUGAUGGCAGUGCUGUUGGCGAUGAUAAUGAGCGCCUGUCGUCGUCGUCGGCGGUGGUGACCGCUUUCGGACCUCAAGAGCCCAUAGAACUGGACGACCGGACGGACGAAGAGUUGUCAAUACUGUGGGAUAUGUCUACCAAUGAGGAUGUGAUGGCGUUUCUCAACGAUUAUAAGGCCAUCGAUCUCUUCGAGACGAUACUAAUGCGGACCAAUUCGCCCCGAUUUGCCGAAAUAAGUGCCGGAAUAUUGGCCAACAUUGCCGUCAAUCGUGAUAUAUGUGUGAAUCUGGCCAAUAGACCACUCUUUAGACAAUUAAUACUGGAAUCGUUGAGCUCUUCGGACACACCGUUUGUCAUACAAGUGGUGCGAAUAGUGAGCGCAUCGCUAAGCAAUGGCGAAACGCAGGACCGAUGGCUGGCGGCCAUCAAAGAGCGCGGCGACCAAUUCCUGACGACAAUACACCACACGCUCGAGAACUGUCUCAACUGUGAUCUACUCCGGAGUGAAAUCUUGUUGUUAAACAAAAUGCUAUAUUUAGACGACACGAUGGCCGCCGUGUGGCUCGCCUUUGACCGCCGAUACGAGUGCGUGAAGACACUGUUGUCGGCCACCGAUCAACUGCUGGCCGACGAUCCCGAGAACGUGGAGUUUGUCGACUAUCUGUGGCUUAUUAUACACACGCUGUCACUCGCGGGCGAAGACUUUACCGAAACCCAACUCGUGGCCAAUCGGCCGGAACUGUUGCGACUGUUUCACCGGUAUGUGUGCGACUCGUUUGGCGAUUCUGUUGAUUACGUGAUCGCCAGCGGCCACAGAGCCGGCGCCCUAUCGGCGGCCAUCUCUCUGCUAUUUAAUUGGGUCAUGGAUUGGGGUACGGGUGCGCCCCAACCAAGCGCUCUUAUCUAU